AUGGACAGACUCGCCCAGAACGACACGACCAUGCAGAACUCUGACGCCCUUACCGAGGGUCGUCGCAUCUACAUGGGCAACCUUCUGUACUCCGUCAAGCCCGCUGAUGUCGAGGCCUUCCUCCAGGAUGCCGGCUUCACCCAGUACGAGAAGAUUCACAUUUCGGUUGAUCCCCUUAGUGGACGGAACCCUGGCUACUGCUUCAUUGAGUUCACCACUCGUGAGGAGGCCGAGCGUGCCCUUGACAGCCUGACCGGUGUUGACCUUUGCGGACGUUCCGUCAAGCUCGGCCCUUGCCACCCUAAGACUUCCUCCCAGCGUCGCGAGGGAGCCUCCGCCUCCCCUGCGCCCCGCUCUACUUUCGAUCGUUGGGGUGACUGGAGAAGCGGAAGCAAGCCCGCCGCUACCGAGGAGCGUGAGCAGAGGUCGUAUGGCACCCAGAGGCGCACUGGCAGUGAUGCGAAGGAGGGUGUUGUCCAGAACAACAAGAGACUAUAUGUUGGUGGUCUUGGCGAGAUGAUCGACCAGGAGCAGAACGACGCUGAGAUCCGUGAGAUCUUCCUUGGAUUUGAGAUCGUGACCAUCGGCAAGCGUAUCGCUCCUAACCCUCUUUCGAGGCCUCAGAACGGCAGCGGUAGCCACCACUACUGCUUCGUCGACUUUGCGUCCGAGGAGGAGGCUGAGCGUGCCAUGACCGCAACCAACGGCAGGCCCAUCUUGGGCGGCACCCUUCGUGUCUACCCUGCCAAGUCCAAGGCUCCUGUCCGCGAGUCUGAGGAGGGUUCCUCCUACAGGCCCCGCGGUGAGCGCACCGAGCGCACCGAGCGCGGUGAGCGUACUGAGAGGGCGGAGCGCCCCGCGAGGACCGACCGCAACCCUGAGCGUCAGAGGGAGAUCCUUGGCGCCAGGAGCUGGAGGACCGGCCCCAGCGCCGUUGCUGCCGAGUGA